AUGGCAAACUUUACAGACUCGUCUUCCCCUUCACUGGGGUAUGAUACCUAUGCUCACUAUGCUUGUAACUUAAUCCAAGCCUUUGAUAAUGAGCUGAAGGGCACAGAAACCCUCCCACCUAACAUACCAAGGUCAUUGACUGCUCCACUGAUUCAGAAUUGGGUAGCUGAUAUUAGCUCUGUAGGUCUGGUUGGAAUCCUGGAUGCAGUGAAUUAUCAGACAGCAGCUGAUAUUAACUCUACAAAACUGGUUGGAAUCCUGGGUGCAGGACCAGGCAGAUUAUACACAGCUUUGAUCCUCCAGGACCUUGGUAUUCCAUAUUGCAUCAUUGAGGCUCAAGGUAAAGAUGGUAUCUCUCUCAAGACGAAGGUCAAGCUGUUCUUAUUUGUAGGUGGCGGGAACAACAAUAUCCUAUACUCUUAUAAUGGGGUCACAGUGCAGCAGAAUGCAAUGCCCCCAAGUGAUCCUUUCAAGGCUGACCAGGUGAUCCAAGAUGUUGGUAACUCAAACCCAUACAUUGCUGUAGGUGUGAAGGCAAUCAUGGACGAUGUCAUUGGUCCCUUUGCAACAUGCCUACUUGAUGAUUUGAAGACUGGAGGGUCAGAAGCUCAAGUACAUACUGAGCCCGAGCCUUGGUCUACCCAACAAGUCUCUCUCAACAGAUGUUAUUAA